GGCACCUUUGGGCUCAGGUAGCUCUGGGGUCAGGUACAAGGGAACUGGGAUGGAGGGACAAAAGGGGACAAGAACGGUGAGGAUGUGGCCAUGGGGAUGGGAUGAUGGGGAUGGGAUCUUGAGCUGGUGGUGGUGACCUGGGCCAGCAUGGGCUGUGUCUGUGGUGUCCUCGUGCCCGGGGUGCCCACAGUGUCCCCAUGUUGUGCCUCAGCCCACGGUGGCCUCAGUGUCCCUGUUCCCAAUGUGUCUGUGCCACAGGGAUGUGGCACACGGGUGGCUGUGACACAGACAUGUCACCCUGCCACGCCAAAUCUUUUGGGGACCACCCAGACACGUUUACCCACAAGAACUGCUCUCCCCAUGGGGACAGUUUUGGGACAGCCCCCACACCCUGUAACUCGUGAGCCGCUGUCCCUGCAGUGCCACCCCCACCCAGCCCUGUCCCUUUUCCCUUCCAGCCCAGACCCUCGGCCUCGCUGGUGAGUCCUCGGGGGAUGCCAUGGCCCCACCCCGCUGUCCCCAGCCCCGCGCUGGCCCUGCCAGGCUGGUGUCCCCUGUCAUCCGCAGGUGCCCAGACCACCCAGCUCCUCCUGGAGCCCCCUGGAGGCCACCGGUGCUGUGGGACCAGGUGACACUGACCUGCCACGGCUCAGGGACCGCUGGUGACACCACCUGGUACAGGGACGGGCAGCGCUGGUGGCAGCAGGGAAUCGACUGCCUCACUGUCACCCUGAGUGGCACCUACACCUGUGACAGGCCCGGCAGUGGGCGCAGUCCCCCCGUGACAGUCUCACACGACGAUCUGGUGCUGCAGGUGCCGGCGCGGGCGCUGCUGGAGGGGGACACGGUGACACUGCGCUGCCGGGCCUGGCAGAACCGCACGGUCACCAGGGUGUCUUUCUAUCAUGAGUGGAAGGAACUGGGGGGACUCCGCGAUGGCACCGAACUGUCCCUGUCCCCUCUGCAGCGGAGCCACAGCGGCAGCUACCACUGCAAGGGCUGGUUGGAACUCUGGGCGUUAGAGAAGUUUUGGGAAUCGGCACCAGUGACAGUGACAGUGCACGGUGAGCACCGCCAUGUCUAGAGCUCCAACCUCCUGACAGCCCCAAAGCCCAUUCCCAGAGGACUCAGAGUCACAGUCCUCACCUCCCCUCUCCUUCCCUGAGCUCUUCUCGCUGCCGGUGCUGGAGGGUCCCACCGAGCCCACCGAGGGGUCCCCCCUGACUCUCAGCUGCCUCAGCACCCCCAGCCCAC